AUGGCGGCCCUGCUGCGGCCGUGGCGGCGGGGGCCGCUGCCCGCGGGCCGGCUGCGGCGCGCUCGCAGGCUCGGGCACGGCGCGGCCGGGCGGCUGCGGGUGUCGCGGCUCUUCCAGCCGCUGAGCCUGCAGGAGGGCGGCGAGGCGGGCGGCGAGGCGGGCCGGCCGGCAGAGGCGGCCUGCCGCAGCCACAGGCUGAUGGUGCAGGCGGGGCUGAUCUGCCCCGCCGGCCCCGGCUGCUACCACUACCUGCCGUCGGCCGUGCGGGCGCUGGAGAAGCUCCUCGGGGUGAUCGACGGGGAGAUGCAGGCCGUCGGCGGGCAGAAGAUGAGCAUGCCCAGCCUGAGCCCGGCGGAGCUGUGGCGGGCCAGCGGCCGCUGGGACCGCAUGGGCCCCGAGCUCUUCCGCCUGGCCGACCGGCACGGCAAGGAGUACUGCCUCGGGCCCACGCACGAGGAGAUGGUCACGGACCUGGUAGCCGCGCAGACCAACCUCUCCUACAGGCAGCUCCCCCUCCGCCUCUACCAGGUGACGAGGAAGUUUCGGGACGAGCCCAAGCCCCGCUUCGGCUUGCUGCGCAGCCGGGAGUUUUACAUGAAGGACAUGUACACCUUCGACGCCUCUGAAGAGGCAGCACGCCACACCUACAGCCUGGUGUGCCACGCUUACCGCCGCGUGUUCGAGGCCCUGGGCCUUCGCUUUGUGCAGGUGCAGGCGGACACGGGCAGCAUCGGGGGCACCAUGUCGCACGAGUUCCAGCUCCCGGCUGACAUCGGCGAGGACAGGCUGGCCCUGUGCCCUGCCGGGCAUUUUGCGGCCAACGUGGAAAUGAUAAGUGCAGAGCAAACAACUUGUCCCACAUGCAAGGAACCGCUGACCGUAACCAGAGGGAUAGAAGUGGGGCACACGUUUUAUCUGGGCACCAAGUACUCCUCGGUGUUCAAUGCUACCUUUUACUCUGCCGAGAACAAGCUCCAGCUGGCAGAAAUGGGUUGCUAUGGCCUGGGCGUCACUCGCAUCCUGGCAGCAGCCAUUGAAGUGCUUUCCACGGAGGAUAGCAUCCGCUGGCCAAGCCUCAUUGCCCCCUACCAGGUCUGCUUCAUUCCCCCUAAGAAGGGCAGCAAGGAGGAGAAGGGAGCCGCGCUCAUGGAGCGCCUGUAUGAUGACCUUGCUGAAGUUGUGCCUCAGCUCGGCGGUGACUUGGUGCUGGAUGACCGGACCCAACUGACCAUUGGCAAAAGACUAAAGGAUGCCAACAAGCUGGGUUAUCCGUAUGUGAUAAUAGCUGGGAAGAGGGUUUGUGAAGAUCCCGCCGUGUUUGAGGUUUGGAGUCAAAACACUGGCGAGGUCCUGUUCCUCACCAGGGAAGGUGUCGUUGAGUUGCUGAGUAAAGUGCAGGUUCCUUAAAA